AUGCCCACGGCGGACGGCGCGACGGAGGAUACGGCACGCGUCGCGAACCAGCAGCGCUUUUCCCGGGACCUUGAGUUUCUUUCGGCACUGUGCAACCCGUUCUAUUUGCACCAGCUCUCUCAACAAGGCUUCUUUGAGGACCCCAGCUUCUUGCGGUACCUCGCCUAUCUGGACUACUUCCGUGCCCCGGCAUACGUGCAGUACCUUACAUACCCCCAGGCGCUCUACUUUUUGGAUCUGCUGAAACAUGCCGAGUUCCGAUUGCCCACUGGGCGACCUGGCGCAAUGGCGACGCCGCUGCGCACGAUCGCCACGUCGCCCCCGAGGGCAGCGGCGCCGCCGAAGAAGAGCGAGACGCCGCGUGAUGAGUCGAUCCGCGCGCCGCUCAUCCGCCUCGUCGACCCGGCCACCGGCAAGGUCACGGGACCGUUCAAGCCGCAGGACAUCGUCUCGAAGCUCGACCGCAAGGAGUACACGCUCGUGCAGGUCGCGCCGGGCGCGCCAACGAAAGGAGCCACGUCCUGGACGAUGGACGAGCUCCCGGUCUGCAAGCUCGUCUCGAAGCGCGAAGAGUACCAAAAGCAGCGGGACGCCAAGCGCAAGUCGGCCGCAAGCGCCGCGCCUACCGUCAUGAAGGAUAUGCAACUCACGUGGAACGUUUCUGGCAACGACCUCGCACACAAAGUGUCGCGCGCACGCAAGGAACUCGCACGGGGACACAAGGUCCACGCCAUUAUCCUCUCCAAGAAAGGCACGAAGCGCGUCUUUCCGGGCAGCGUCGAGGACGAACAACGCACGCAGCUCGUCGAAAAGAUCCAGGCAGAUCUGUGCACGUCCGAAGAGGACAAUACACAGGUCGCCAAGGUGACGCACGGACCGGACUGGAAAAACCAGCGCUCCCUCUGCGAAAUCCUCCACCUCCACAUGCUCGAGCCGGACGAGGCGCGCGCGCUGCUGUGGGCGCGGGCGGUGUGGCUCUUGCAGGGCCUCCCACGGGGAACGCUCAUCGCGCUGGACCUGAAUACGGCGCGGACGGAUACCAAGUUCGAGGGGUACAAGCUUGUGCCACCGGGCGUGCACUGCCUGACGUGGCAGGCGUCGCCCGAGGGGGACAUGGCGUCGGCAGGGCUGCGCACGGCCUUGCUGCAGUACACGAAGCCGAAGCAGGUGCUUGCGCGCACAUACGAUGCGGCAGCAGAUACAUGGGGGCGCGUAGGCGAUGGCGACCUUGUCGUGUCGAAAGAGCACAUCCAGGCGCUCGACACGCACCUCGCGGCGUAUGUCGAGACGUCCUUCCAGCGCCUCACUGUUCACCUGGACAAGGACGCGGCGACGCUCGCGCGCGUCUUUGGCGUCAAUCUGUCGAAAGAAGAUGCGACGUGUGACUCGUUUACACCAGUCGCCGAGCACGAAGACGUCACGAGCGACAAGGAGCUGCGGGGCCAUAGCGACAAGGAGCACGGCGUUGCGUUCUCGACAGGCACGACGCACCGCCGCGCACACGAUGCACGCGACGAUGCUGACGUGCUCAUCGAGGGCGCCGCAUCCGACUCGGACUCGGUCGCGUCGUCCGACGAGGAGGAGGAAGAAGCGGAGCACGCCACCGGCUCCGCAUCGCUGCAGUUCACGCCUUUCUCCUUGCAGCGGUCCUGGCCGCUAGAGGCGCGGGGCGUCGAGCGCACACAGUACAGCUUCGACAAGUCGUGGCUACUUGGCAAUGUCAUGCGCCGCGCCGCAGAGGCGGACGAAAGGCGCGGCGCGUCGCCGCACCCUUACGAGCCGCUGCUGCGUGAGGUCGAGCUCGCAUUUCUCUUGUUUGUGCAGGUGAACAAUGCCGCAGCGCUCGAGCACUGGACCGCGCUGCUCUCUCUCUUUUGCCGCGCAUCGACACGGCUCGGCGCCCCGAGCCACUAUGAACUGCACCCCUGCGAAUGGGACACGGCGCCGGCGUCUGCAGCGCCGCAGCUCGACGCGCACAUUGCCUUUUUGCGCGUGCUCCACGCGCAGUUCGCGGCGCUUCCCCCGACAUGCUGGUCCGAGGACCUGGCUUCGCAUGAGCCCCGCGUGCUGAACGACCUCGCCGAGCUGCGCACCAACAUUGGCCGCGCGCUAAGUGCGUGGGCGGCGGCUGGACAGGACGCGGCGCCUGCGCCCCCCCACGAGGCACUCGUGCACGCGUGGCGCGCACUCUGCACCCAGACGCGCGCACACUUCCAGUGGGAUCUCGAUGGAGUGCUAGACGAAGAGGCCGAGGCUGACGAUCUCGAGGAAGGCGAGGACGCGCCUGUGGUUGUCGAAGAAGGAUACCCCUAUACUAUGUAG